CUCGGCCGGAGGAGUUACAGGCGGGAGGAAGGCGAUCCGGCUGGAAGGGAUGCUACGGGAGGCGGCGCCCAGGUAGAUGGACGAAGUCUGUGAGACGAAGUUCGUGGACUAUAAGGAAACUGCAGAUGAAGUCUGUGAGAAAGUUUUGUCAUACAUCCGAGAAGAUACAUCAGGAUGGAAAGUGGUAAAACGUACAAAACACAUUUCAGUGUUGGCGAAGCCUUCAGGAGACUUCUGUGGAACUCUAUAUCGUGCUGAAGCGCGGAUAGAAGUACCAGCUGAGAAACUUUUCCCUUUCAUGUACCUUCCUGAAUACCGUGAGAAGUGGGAUAAAGCGGUACAGUCCUACAGACUUGUGGAAACUAUUGACCAGGUGAUUCAGACACUUUCAUUUUUCACAGUAUUACACACAGUUAUGGCUUUGGAAUGGUAUCACCAAGAGACUUUGUCUACCUGCUGCAUGUUAGAAAAUAUGAAGGAGAUUUAAUGACAACAAACUGUAAGUCAUCAUGAAUCACUGGAACAGGAUUAAUGGAUGAGUUGUCCUGGUAUGACCCCUACUCACAAAUGUUGAGUUGGGGUUUCCAGGGGUCCAGUUUAGGCAGCCACCACCAUAGUCAAGUGAAAAGUAGAUGGCAUGCAAAUC